CAUCAACUUCCGGUUCAGGUCACAUUUCAAGAUGGCUGACCGCCGAUAGUAGUGAGUGGUCGGGCCGCCAAGAAUCUCUGGAAUUUCUCCCCCAAUUAUGCGUUUACGUUUCCCGUGUCCACCGUUCUGAGGUAGGGGACGAUGUGCGCGAGCUAGAGGCGUAGGCUGGACUUCCUUCGCCGAGUUCUAACCACUUUUUGCGGCCGUGGGAGAGCGGAGAAAAGUUGGCGGGUUUUCGCGCACCAAGUCCUGCACGCAGAGAGAGACCUGGUCUGUCAACCCUCAGCAGCGCUCGACGCGACAACACUCCACAUUACUUAGAGGAGCUGGGGACGAGAUCUCUUCUCCAGCUGGGAGGGCGGUUACCACGGCGACCAUGCAGUGUGGCAGGGACAUGUGCAGAUCAGCUGCCGUCAGUGUAACGUUACUACCUCAACAUUGAACUGUGGGCGUGGCGCGACAUGGAAAACAUACGCCGCCAUUUCAAGGAGUUCAAGCCCAAGCACGACGCCACAGAGGCCACGACCGCGGCGGGACACGGUCAGGGCCCGGAUGUUGCCACCGCGUCGACGGGAGGAUCCGGCGGCGCGGAAUAUCGCUCUCCGAGUGCCAGCAUGCCGGUCACGCUGGACGCGCACGUCAGCGACAUCCAACAGUCCGUCAACCACUUCCUGAACACGCUCAACUCCCUCUGCGGGGCGGGGACCCAGCUGGCCGAGGUGUUCUCCACCGUGUUCGAGGAGACGAUGUUGUGGGACGUCACCAGGCAGCUGGUGCAGGUCUGGAGCGAUGUCAGUCUAGCGACGAGUAGCAAUAGCACGCAGGUGAAGGAAGAGGUCGUCAUGGCUCUGUCGGAGCUCGCGCUGAAAGGGGAGGGCGAUGCGUCGACGGAAGGAAACUCAUCUUUGCAAGAGCAAGAUCUCCAGGUCCUGGGGAAGUGCCUACAGUGCAUGUUGAACCUACAGUACCAGUUCCUGACUUCCUACGGGAGCAUCAUGGCCGCCGUGAAGAACAGCGCAGGAAAUCACGCCUCGCUGCUGGCGGCCGAGUCGCGGCAGCACGGGGAUGCAGUACUGCAGUCGUCCCGGGAGGUGGCGCUUCACUCAUGGCAGACCGUUAAGCAGAUGUUGUACAGCCUGCACCAGUGUCAGGCCGUGACCCUACCUGACCUCUCACAGCAGAACUUGUCAGAACAGGUUCGCAGAGACGCUGGGCAGAGGCUGGACCAGGCAUGGCAGGUGUACAAGCGAACACUGGAGAGGUUUGCUGGUAACGAGUUUCGACUGUUGGGUGGUUUCUACUGCAACCCACAAGCCCUGGAGCAGGUUCUCAAGGGCUGCUGUAGUGACGACGAGAUCCGACAGUCAGCGACGAACCCCCACCUGACGGACCCCACCACCCUCAUCUACAAGGAGCUGGCGAGAGUUGACGUGCAGAUCGGCUCGGUUGUGUACCGGGGCACGGCCACCGGCAGCCCCGGCCAGAACAUCAAGAACAAGAUGGUGGCCAUGCGCCAGCUGCUACAGGGUGCAGCAGAGCAGCAUGGGAAGGGCAGUAUCCUGGGCAGCGUGGUGGAUCGCCUGACGUGCCUGGUCCUGAGCCAGGCCUGUCCGUCCGUCACUCACCCCACCAGCAAAACAGCCGUGCAGCUCUGCUUCGGCAGGGCAGGACUGGUCUCCGUGAGCUGUACCUCCCUACCCAGAGGUACCACCGGAGCCAGAGUCACCGUUUCAGGCACACAUGUGGUCGUGCAGGUCACAACUGCAUGGUGCCUUCAGAAGGACAACAGAGUUCUGUCCACGUUGCAGCGAACGUCUGACGACAGUUGUCGGCUGGGUGUCGUAGAUGCCAUCUACACUGCCAUAAUCGAUCCAGCUAGACUUCUGGAUGGCAGAGAACAGAUGUUGCCUACUGUCCAAGUGAAGCUGCGGUCGGACAUGUUCUCCCAGGACUCAGGACCCCCCAGUGCCACAGCCCCCGCCUCCCAACCAGUAUUAGCCGACUACAAGAUGCCAGGAGAAACCAUACAGAGACGUGGCAGCCUCGAGGGGGAGGGGGGCAUCAAAAAGACUUUUAACAAACUCACUUCCAAGUUUGGGCGGAAAGGCUCCUACUCCCCUAGCCCCUCCAACGAUGCCACGAAACAAAGUGCCUUCUACUCAAACUCCUCCCAGCCCGCCGCUGCCAUGGCAACGUCCAAUGGGAGUAGAUUUUCUGCCCCCGUCGCUGACCAAUCAGGGACUAGCUUCACCUUCCCAACAAGACCAACUGACCAAUCAGCAAAGAGCAUGACAUAUCCCAGUAGAACAGUGGUGGCGCAGGACCCCCCACCCCCCGAGAUGAGACCCCCACCCCCUGAGAUGAGACCCCCACCUCCUGAGUUGAGACCCCCACCCCCUGAGUUGAGACCCCCACCCCCUGAAAUGAGACCCCCACCCCCUGAGUUGAGACCCCCACCCCCUGAAAUGAGACCCCCACCCCCAGAAAUGAGACCCCCACCCCCAGAGAUGAGGAAGGAGGAAAGAAGGCUGUCCAUGAUCGAGGAACAGGCCGAGUCCAACACUUUAGAAGAGGAGAAGAAAGGAGAAACUUCGCCUGAAGAGGCUGUGGAAGGAGCCAAUAGAGGAGAGUCUGAGCGAUCCCCAAGUCUUGCCACUGAGGAGGAAAUCCAGGAAGUGAUUGACUUCCUUUCGCGUCACCACAAACCUCAGCCGCUCGCGACCGACGGGUCCCCGCCCGGUAACCGUAGCAACCGCAAGAGCUGGACCACGGAGGCCGCCAACUUCCUGUCCAACCUGCGGACCUCCGACCCCAACAGCCUGCCUAGUGAGAAGUCCAGCUCGGAGGACACCAGCAGCCAAAGGUCAAACAGCUUGCCCAGACCCUCAGAUUUUGGGCGGAACACGUGGCCGAGCAGAAUUCGGCCGGUGAGCCUGAGCGGAAAUUUGGAGCAGCUUGCCGGGAGCGAGUUCUCAUCGGAUCCAGAGUAUGCCCACUACGUUGCCAGUAUGAAUAACUACCUGCAGGCCCAGCAGAGUAAGGUUCGGCACAGAUGGGGAGGGGAGGGGAUGCGGACGCAGUGGUCCAGUCAGGAGGGGAGACUCAACUCCACGUGGCCCAUACCGCCUUCUUCCAACGAAAGAUACAACUCCCUCCCCCUUCUCCUGCCCCGCUCGCGGCUGGACUCCCCGCCGCUGGUGGAUCAAACCAAAGCUGCGUCUUUCUUUGACCUUCCCCUGUCAAGCAGUGAAGCCCUUGGAGGGAGCAACAGCUGGUGUAACAUGGACUCCGGCAGUGCAAGCUCCAGCGACGACACCUCCUCAACCAACGGGGACGUGUUCUCCAUGGGGCUGGGUCUGACCGGAAACGACCUCAUACAGAAAUGCAGCAGUGAAGGUGGGGAGAGCACACCUGAGUCAGAACACCUGCAGGGCUUCCUGGACGAGCUGGCGCAGAUGGAACCAAAGUCAACAAAAACAUGGCCGCCCAAGUCUCCAUGGCAACGGUCGCUGCCGGGAGGGUUCCAGUUCGCCGAGCAGCCCCCUCCGGUCGACGGCCACGUGGCCGCCAUCCAGCAGUGGAGUGACCCCCUCCCCCAGGGGUCCGCCCCGGAAGUCCACCCCUCAGUCACAGCCCAGUGGAGCGAUCCGAUCCCGAUGGCCGCCACAUCCCCCUGGUCCACCGCGGGCGACAACUCCCCCUCCACCCCGCCCCCCCUCACCGGGUUUCCCCCCCACAACGACAGUGCAAUGCGCGGACACCCCAAGCUAGACAGAAGAUUAGCGUACAUGCCUCCGUAUCAAAAUAUGUAAAACAGCCGUAUUGCUAGCCUACACCAGGCUCCACAUGUUGCUGAAAGUGGUAGAAAUUGGCCAAAUAGACAGAUUACAUAUCAGAGGAGUUGGUCAGCUCAAAAGUACAGUUUUCACUAGCCCGAUUGUCCCAGGCAAGAAAAAGUGCCGAUCAGACAGGUGCAUGUCCUACUCCACUUGCCCAAUCUGGCAAGUAAGAUUUUUCCAUGAGUGAGAUUUUGACAUACUUGUUACUUGUCACAGACAUGGCAUCAAGCAUUGGUCAACACAGGAAAAUUGAGCCAAUGAUAAAAGAUUCCAUUGCUGGAAGUGAAAAUACAUAUAAAAAUGUCAUGUCAUUUCAGGCAAGGGAUUUUGUGUAUUUGCCCGAGGACGAGUGAAUUUUAGAAAACUGGUUCGACCCUGCCUAUGUCACAAAUUGUAGUUUUGGCCUGUCAACUCCACUGAUGUGUUAUCUGUCAAUCUGACCAAUUUCUACUCUAUUUCCAGCAACAAGUAGAGCCAGGUAGAGGCUAGCGUUGCCAACGUAUAGCUUUUGUACGAGUACUUGUCGACUGAGAGCACAGUGAAUGAUUAUUAUUGUAUCUAAACCGAAUCUCUACACAAUGAACUAUCACAAGAUUUUCUAUGCUGGAGUUUGUUCCAGUCGUUGACUAUUGAUUGUCUAAGUAUGUAGCAGGAUAGGAAAGCUACAAAGUGCCUUUGUGGUAAAAAGAAGAUGAGGAAAAAAG